AUGAGUGCACCAGGUAAAAGACCAGCUCCUAAUGGGGAUUUACCAGACGCAAAACGCCCAAAGCAAGAAAACGGAACUUCUGUUGCUGCAGCACAAGCAGCUGGAGCUCCUCGUAUGAAUCCAGCAGAGAUAGCAGCCAUGAUUGCUGCUAGGAAGGCAGAGGUUCAAGCUAAAUAUGGCUCACAGAUAUCAGCUACGAGUGCUGCCACUUUCUCAGCUACGCCUCAACCAGCAACGACAACACUAACAGCGAAACCACAAUCCACCACACCCGCAGCAUCACAACCCAUCAAUAUAAGUGAAAUCCAGAAAAAAAUAAUCGAAGCCCGAGCCAAAGUAGCAGCCGGUCUAUCAAGCACUGGACUUGCAAUGCCACAAGAUAAAACCAAACGUGGUCUAAAAGCUGAAUUCUUUCCUGGUCUAGACUUGACUAGUGGAGCUAUCAAUCUCGAAACCAUCAAAGCAAACAUCCCGAAAUCCUCAUUUGCUACCACAAAAGCCAACAUCCGUGAAACUAGUAAACCCGAAAAGUUCGAAAUAAAGGAAUUGAAGAUUGAACGACCAGAUACAGCAGCAUUCUCUGAUCCACGCCAAAACCCAUACUUUGAUCCGAAGUUGACGGCUGCUGUGGCUCCCAAGAUGAGACACAAAAAGACGUUUCAUUUUGUAAAACCAGGUGCAUUUGUAGAAGAAGCCAAUAAGGCUAGAGCUGUUGCUCAGCUAGAGUCUUUGAAACAGGCUAUUGCCGAAUCAGUCAAGAAAUCAGGUCUGGAAACUGAAAUGGAAUUGGUGUCUGAUCUCAGCAUAAGAAAGGAGCCACCGCCUAUAGUUGAAUGGUGGGAUUUACCACUACUUCCUUCAGGAUCAUAUACGGAUGUAGACCUAGGACGAUAUCGUGAAAAGCUGACGGACGACUCGGAUAUAGUAACCAGUCUAGUGCACCAUCCCUCGAAACUUGAUCCACCUGGUAAUAAAGCACCUGUAGUAGCACGGCCAUUAAUGUUGACCAAGAAGGAGCAAAAGAAACUACGUCGUCAAAAACGUCUAGAAGCACAAAAAGAAAAGAUGGACAAGAUACGUAUAGGAUUGCUACCACCCGAUGUACCAAAACUACGUAUAGCCAACUUGAUGAGAGUAUUAGGAACAGAGGCAGUAUCAGAUCCAACCAAGAUGGAAGCCACCGUACGAGCUCAAAUGAAGGCACGUCAGACGGCUGCAGCUGCUCACGACGCUGCCAAUAAACUCACCGACGAGCAACGUAAAGAAAAAAAUCGUGCUAAAAUGCAAGAAGAUACAUCUGAAAUAGUCGAAGUAGCUGUAUUCAGACUCGGACAUUUAGAAAACAAGCAGCAUAAAUUCAAGGUGGACAAUAAUGCCCAGCAAUUGUAUCUCACGGGGUGUGUCAUUGUAUAUCAGGCUUUUACGCUGGUGGUCGUCGAAGGUGGACCAAAGGGGAUCAAAAAGUACAAGAAGCUCAUGCUCAAGCGUAUCAAAUGGGAAGUUAAUGGAAUGAGUAUGACACGUGAUGAUGACAAUGACGAAGAAGAAGAGGAGGAAGAUGCCAAGCCAAAUCAAUGUGUGCUUGUGUGGGAGGGUGAAGUCAAGACACCAGCGUUUGAGAAAUUCGUCUUCUUCAAGGCUCCAACUGAAACACGUGUAAAGGAGAUCUUGGCACCGAAAGAUGUGAUGCAUUAUUGGGAUGCUGCAAAGAAUUGGGUGCCAGAGGCCAUGUAA